AUGGAAGGUUCGCUAGUCUACUUCCCGGAUGUUGGAGCCGACGCUUGGGUGCGUGUUGUCGCUGGUGUGGAAGAUGUGUCGAAUCGAAAACCGAGAAAAGUGAUACUGAUCAGCAAAGCGGGACUGAUAAUGGAGAACGUGCAAAACGACGACUCUGGACUGUACCGGCCAGCACACAUCAGGGAUGGAGGAUAUCGGCUGAAGAAGGGUAUAAUUUAUGCACUGCACGUGUGGGCAAAGGCCGAGUUUGAUUCGAGUAAAGCUUUGAGUGGAAACUAUUCAAUCUCCUCCUGA